AUGUCUACUUGUUUCUGGUACGAUAAUUGGCUUCCUGCUGGACCAUUGAGCACUCAAUUCCCUUCCCAAAUCCUCACUACAGCAGGUUUAGACCUUUCAACCAUAGUAAGCCACUUCAUUUCUGAUGGAACUUGGAAUUUCCCUGCAUCAAUCUCUUCGGCAAUCCCAGAACUCCUUGCACUUGGUGCUCCAAAUAAUUCAGGGAAUGACAAAUUGAUUUGGGCAGUCUCACCAUCUGGAAGUUUCAGCCACAAGCAUACUGUAGCUCUCUUAUCACCUUCUUCUCCAUCGGUUUCAUGGUUCAACUUGGUUUGGAGAUCUCCAGCAAUCCCACGAAUGAAAUUCAUUAUGUGGCUAGCUGUUCAAGGUCGCCUCCCCACUUUGGAUAGAAAAUCAAUGGCUAGAUUUGACAAUGUAUGUGCUCUGUGUAAUGUCAACACAGAAUCUCAUUCUCAUUUGUUCUUCUCAUGCAAGUAUACUUCCCCAAUUUGGACUUUCUUCAAGGAGAAAUGUAAGAUUUCUAUUACAGCUUUGACAUGGUCGGAAAUUGCUUUAGUCUUUAGCAUCCAGUGGUCUUCUCCAUCACCAUGGAACCUACUUAAAAAGCUCUGCCUCGCAGCUCUGGGAUCUUCAGGGAUUCCAUUGCUGCGCAUCACAUUUUUAAGGACUGGGAUCUUUCGCCGUCUUGUUGCCGGCCACCGCCACGUCCACCUGAUUGAAGAUUUGAAGCCAUUGUGCUUCGAUCGCUGCAAAAGCCAGUUCACCGAAUUUGUAUCAGAUCCACCAUUAACGGCUAAUUAG